UAAAAAAUACAGAAAACAGAACUUUCCAAUUGUGAUAUGAAUCAAAAACUUAAUUUUAAUUUUAAUAUUUUUCGUAUAUACUAUUUUCUUCUUUUGUUCGCAUCUCUAAAUUGGCAAAUCAUCUAUGAACUGGCAAAUUCUCUCGCUGCCGCGAUUACAGUGUUUUGGCUUGGUGUUGUUCUUGGCGAAUCGGCGAUUGUUUGGGCGCUAGGGUUCCUAGGCUGAUAGAUCUGAUUCGGGGGUUCGUUGUUGGAGGCUAAAUUUGCAGCGGAAUUCAAGAUGUUUUGGCGUAUGGCAGGAUUGUCCACUGCGUCACCGGUGGAGACGAUUUUAGAUAAGGACAAUUUUACAUUGGACGAGCUUUUGGAUGAGGAUGAAAUAAUUCAAGAAUGCAAAGCUCUUAAUGGACGCCUUAUCAAUUUUUUACGAGAAAAGCCUCAGGUUGAACAACUUAUCCGAUAUAUUGUGGAAGAAGCUCCUGAGGAUGCUGAAAAGAGGCGAACUUUCAAGUUUCCUUUUAUUGCUUGUGAGAUAUUUACUUGUGAAGUUGAUGUCAUACUCAAAGCCUUGGUAGAGGAUGAGGAGUUGAUGGAUAUGCUAUUUUCCUUUUUGCAACCAAAAAACUCCCAUAGUACACUGCUGGCUGGGUACUUCAGCAAGGUGGUUGUAUGCCUAUUGUUGCGGAAGACAGUUCUUUUUAUGAAUUAUAUUAAAGCACAUCAGGAAAUUCUUACGCAACUAGUUGGCCUGAUUGGUAUAACAUCCAUUAUGGAGGUCCUAAUACGGUUGAUUGGUGCUGAUGAACAUAUUUAUACAAAUCAUAUGGAAGCAAUGCAGUGGAUAGAGGAUACGGAUCUGCUGGAUAUGAUUGUGGACAAAUUUAGCUCUUCGGAUUGCCCCGAGGUUCAUUCUAAUGCGGCUGAAAUACUCUGUGCUAUAACACGAUUUGCUCCCCCUGGUCUUGGUGCUAAGAUCUCCAGCCCAAGCUUUAUUGGAAGAUUAUUUCGUCAUGCUUUGGAAGACUCACGCCCAAAGUCUGUUCUGGUUAACUCAUUGUCUGUAUGCAUAUCUCUGUUAGACCCUAAAAGGCACUCGUUGGGUGCAUUUCAUGCACACAACCGCCAGUUUGCUCAUGGAUCCACAAUAACUGCUAGCCCUGAGACAGUUGAAGGCAUGCUGGAGGGCGUAGACGGUUUAUUAAAGCUUUUCGAUGUUUCAUCUGCAAAUUAUGUCCUGCUAACUACAUAUGGCAAAUUGCAGCCACCUCUUGGAAAGCAUCGUUUAAAGAUUGUAGAAUUUAUUUCCGUACUACUGACAGUGAGUAGCGAAGCUGCAGAGAAUGUAUUGAUUCGUCUUGGAGCAGUACGGAGGAUUUUGGACUUAUUCUUUGAGUACCCAUACAAUAAUUUUAUGCAUCAUCAUGUAGAGAAUAUAAUUUCAACAUGUUUGGAGAGCAAGAAUGCUUCACUUAUUGAACAUCUUCUUCAAGAGUGUAAUCUUAUUGGAAAAAUACUUGAAGCAGAGAAGAAUUUCACAUUAGUGGCUCAUCCGAGUAAGCCCACGGUUCCUGCUGAGGGUAGGUCGCCACCCAGGAUAGGGAAUAUUGGACACUUGACACAUAUAUCUAACAAACUUGCUCAGGUUGGGAGUAACAAUUCUGAAAUUCAAGCCUAUCUGCAGGAAAGUAGUGAAUGGAAUGAUUGGCAGACAAAUGUCUUAUCUAAGCGUAAUGCAGUAGAAAAUGUCUACCAGUGGGCCUGCGGGAGGCCAACAGGAUUACAAGACAGGACUCGAGAUAGUGACGAGGAUGAUUACCGAGAUAGAGACUAUGAUGUUGCAGCUUUAGCAAAUAACUUAAGCCAGGCUUUCCGAUAUGGUAUCUACAAUAAUGAUGAUACUGACGAGGCCCAUGGUUCACUUGAACGAGACGAUGAGGAUGUUUACUUUGAUGAUGAAUCUGCUGAAGUAGUUAUAUCUUCUUUGCGUUUGGGGGAUGACCAGGAAAGUGGCUCUCUUUUUACAAAUUCCAAUUGGUUUGCUUUUGAGGAUGACAGAAUUGCUAAUGAGCGUUCAUCUGGUGCACUUGUGUCAUCGUCACCUAAUACUGAGGCUGCUGGUGUUAUUAAUGGUGUUGGCAAUGAGGAGGUUACUGUUGGUGAGGAUGAGGAGUUAGAUGAUGCGGCAACAUCCUCUUUGGUUGAUGAAGCAAAAGUAGAAGAUUUGGAGGAAGUAGGACCCGGUGGGGCUGAUAAACCAUCUGUUUGGGUUGAAUGGAGAGAGACUCCAGACUCCAGCGGUUCAAUUAAUGUAGAUGAAAAUCAUCCCAGCCGAAAUGGUGAGCUGCAAGUGGAAUCAGAAGAUCAGCGUGUUGAUCAGCAUCCAGACGCUACUGAAUCAUGUCCAUCAUCCUCUGAUGCAUUAGUAAAUGAAAAUAAUGCUGGCGAUGGAGUGGUACCCCAGUUAGCAGAGGACAGCCCUCCUCCGAGAUCUUCUAAGGCUUCAGAAACAAGUGAUGGAAUUAAUGAUUCGAACUCCAUUCCCUUAGCAGAUGUGAAGAUAGCAGGAGGCACUAACGAUGCUCCCGAGCAAAAGGAUCAGAGAGAUGCAACAAAAGCGGAGCAGUGAAUUUACAUUGGGAGAACCUGGCUAACUCGUUACCAGAUUAUUGAUCAGGUGGAAAGAUGAUUACCGGCACUUGCAUUUGAUUGACUACUGGUCAUACAGAUGGUUACCCUUAGUUGGUGGUACGUCUAGAGCCUAAUGUACAUCAUAUAAACCGGGGGAUCUGAUAAAAUGGUGGUUUGUUGUUUAGUAGGGUUGAUCAUUCUUUCCAACACCUUUCAAGAAGCCUGUUCUCUCUCUCUCUCUCUCUCUCUCUCUCUCUCUCUCUCUAAGUUGAGGAAGUGGGAGAAGGGUUCUAAUUUAUUAUUGCGAGCCAAACGGUUGAAAUUAUUUAAUCUGCAGUCGAGCUAGGCUAUUGUUUUCCAAAAUUGACAUGAAUAUUUUGCACAAGAACUUUGUAUAUUACAGUUGCUUUGUUCCUAUCCUCCAAUGUGAACCUUUUGGUUACAAAAUUUUUAUCAUGGGAUUUCUUUA